CCGGCAGCCGGAAGUCCCGCCCGCCGUGUAGUCGCCGCUGCUGCUGCCGCUGCCGUCGUUGUUGUUGUGGUUGGUGCGCUGAGCUCCGCGGCUCCGAGAGCCGGCUGCAUCCCUUCCCCGCCGCCGCCAUGAAGUGGAUGUUCAAGGAGGACCACUCGCUGGAACACAGAUGUGUGGAAUCUGCGAAGAUCCGAGCGAAAUAUCCCGACCGGGUUCCGGUGAUUGUGGAAAAAGUCUCAGGCUCUCAGAUUGUUGACAUUGACAAACGGAAGUAUCUGGUUCCAUCUGACAUCACUGUGGCUCAGUUCAUGUGGAUCAUCAGGAAAAGGAUCCAGCUUCCUUCUGAAAAGGCAAUCUUCCUGUUUGUGGAUAAGACAGUCCCACAGUCCAGGGUCCAUAGCAGUGGCCACUGUCCUCCCACCUCACCCCAUCUGCCCUCCCCUGCUGGGAAAGAGAGAAAUCCAGGUCCGGUGGAAGCACGUGGGCUCCAAAGCAGAUGGGUGACCGGGUGUGUGCCCAUCAGUCCAGCCGGUUCAUGAGUCAAGCUGGAUCCCACAGCCUUCAUGAGCUGCCCUUGGUUGGCCCUUGCCCCUUGGGGGAGGUUCUGCAGGGAUCAGGCACCCACACAGUUCUAGGUCAGCCUCCUCCAGCGCAGAGGCUCUUGAGUAGCUUAAAUCUAAUGUUUGCCCUCAGCAGCUCGGCUAUUUCUGGAUGUGGAUCCUUCUGAAAGGUGCCGUUAUGAAAGGCUCAUUUGUCUGGAUCUGUGUGACUCUGAAUGGAGGGGUGGGUGACAGUACUUGAGGGUAUCACCAUACCUUACUUAGAUUGGCUUCGUGACUUACAAUCUGCCACUGGCUUUUUCCAUUUCUUUCCUGGUCAGACUCAAGAGUUUGGAAGGUGGCAGUGCUUCUGGUACUCAGCGGUACCCUUCUGGGUUGGGUGCAUGUAUGUAAUAGUUGAUGCCACAGCAGUGUGCUUUAGUGUCAGGGACUGGAGGUCAUCUGUGGGUGUCUUCCCCAGCCAGUGACUUAGGCAGGAGGCCUUGGAGUUGCAGUGUUGCUCGUAAGUGAUCAGGCCAUUCAGCAGGUCUGUGCGGCUUGGCCUCACGGGCGCAUGCGUGUGAGGAUCCUCCGGGCAUUCUGGCGGUAGCCUGCCCAGCGCUGUGUGGCUUGGGCUCUGUGACCUCUGAGAGGGAAGCGCAUCUUCUCAGAGGCUUGUGGAACUUGUCCUAAACUGAUGUGCCAGCCUCCUGCUGUUUUAUCUCACUGACUUCCAUUUAACUCUUUUUUUUAAUGGACUUAAAAUUUAAACUGUUUGUGGCCUGGCUCUCUGGGGCUCCAGGCCAAAUUAUUCUGACUUUGUAUGUGUGUCACCCGAUUCCAUAAGUGCUAUUUUGAAAUCAUACCGUACAGAUGUGUCAGUCUUCUUUCUUGGCGCUCAGUGAUACCUUGAAACCGGGCAUUCGCUCACAGGCUGCUGAAUGGAGUGUUCACCUCCCAGCGUUCAGUUUCCAAGUUUCUGCCCAAGGGGUGUCCCGAGUAUAAGGACCCAGUGCUGCUGCCACCUAAAUAAAGUUUCCACACGAGGCUGCGUGACAGAGAAAGUUUCCACGCGGGGCAGGGAGAGGAAUCUUGCAGUCACCAGGCACAACAGUUGUCACGUUAUAGGAUCUGAAGGAGGGAGCUCUGUGUGACGCAGAGGCUGGCAAUGGCGGCCUUACCUGGGAAGCUGUUACAAACGUAGAAUCUCAGGCCCCACUCCGACCUACUAAAUCCAGAUGGGCACUUGAACUAGAGUGCCAGUGAUUUUGUAUGCACGUUUGUGUGUGUGAGAGGCGCUUUUCUCAGGGAGACCUCUGCGGGAGCUACGGGAUGCUGCCGUUCGGCCAGUAGAACGGAUCUGUGUAUGCACUUGGAGGCAGCCCAGCUCAGUGGUAAGAGUGUGUCCUAGCUGUGUGAUCUGGGGUGAGUCACUUCUCUGUGGCUCACUUUUAUUAUUUCUAAACUUAGGCCGCCUCAUAAGAUUGUUGUGAGGAUAAAAAGAGUUAAUAUAGGGGCGCCUGGGUGGCUCAGUCGGCUAAGCGUCCGACUUCAGCUCAGGUCAUGAUCUCGCAGUUCGUGGGUUUGAGCCCCGCAUCGGGCUCUGUGCUGACAGCUCGGAGCCUGGAGCCUGUUUCAGAUUCUGUGUCUCCCUCUCUCUCUGACCCACCCCGUUCAUGCUUUAUCUCUCUCUGUCUCAAAAAUAAAUGAAGGUUAAAAAAAAAUUUAAAAAAAAAGAGUUAAUAUAAACACACUUAGAACAGUGCUUGGCACGUAAGUGCUAUUAUAAUUAGGAGUUUUAUGAUCACCCUCCAUAGCUGCCGGGGCACUGGUUAGAGAGAUUUAUAAAUGCAGGUUUUACUUAGAAGACGAUGGAAUCUAAAAGCAGGAAGGAACGAGAGCCGCAUGAUGAUGGGCCUCCGCGUUCAGUCUCAGAGCCUGCCUUAGACAGCGUGGCUCCGGUGGUCAUUGUUCGUAUUAGGCAGAGUCAGGGGUUGGCCGCUGGUAUUUAUGAGCUCCUCGAGUGUUUCUUACUCAGAAGUGGGAUUUAGAGCCAUCGCACUAGAGCUGCUAACUUGCUAGGAAAAGAGCACACCUAGUCUUCAGAUGGAGCCAGACUUGACAUUGGCAUCAAGGGGUGGCCGCCUUUGAACUGCACACAGUGUCUUUGACCUCUGCCUCUAAAUCCCUCUGGUACUGGUGGUGGGGAGAGGGGAGGACAGGUGCUCGUCAUGGUCAUCCUGGAUACUAGGAUGACGUGGGGCUAAGAGAGCUGUGGCAAUAACUGUAGCUGUUUUCCCUGUGGCCUCAUUCUAAGGAGUCUCAGAGAAAAGCAGGGUUCCUCAGGGCAUUCCCAACCACCAGGGUAAGAAUCUUCCUAAGAGACUGAGCUCCAUGUCAAGCCUUUUGCUAGCCGCUGGCUCCUUACUCCAGUCCCAGAUCACAUGGCUCUUAAAGAUGAGCAUCUCAAACAGGCAAAGACUAGCAUGUGUCUUCCUCUGGCAGAGAGACCGGUUCUCAACCUAGCUGCACCUGGAAUCAUCUUGGGCAUUUUAAAACAUAUUGAUGCCUGGCUCCGACCUCCAGAGAUUCUGAUUUAAUUGGUCUGGGGUGGGGCUUGGGCAGGGAGAGGUUUUAAAGCUCCCCGGAGAUUCUGUUGUAUAGCUGAGGUUGAGACCCAACACUCUAGGGGUCCCCAGGAUGGGGUUCCUGUCUCUACCCACCGUCCCUCAAGUCCUCACAUGUUCCAGGUCAGUGCUGUUGAGAAAUGGCAUGUGCAAAUUAAAUUACAAAUGUAAUUUAAAAUGUUCCA